AUGAGUAAGAAAAUAAUGAAUGUAACUUUAGAGAAUCAGAAUGGUAGUUCACUUAAUAUCACAACCAGAAAUAAUGAAAAAGCUGUCAAAAAAAAUGCAAAGAGAGCUGAGAGUGAAAAGGAUGCAGUUAUUACUAGUAAUAACAAGGAAGAUGCUAAAAGAAAUGAAAUCAAAGAUAGUGACAUCAAGGGUGAAUCAGAUGCAAAAAUAUCAAUGGACGAGUAUUACCUUAACGUUGAAAGAAUCAAAAAUAUGCAUGCAUCUCUAGGAUAUGAAAGUAUUGAUCCUAUGCAUCAUAUGUUAGAAGGUAAUAGACUCGAUGAAUCUUGUGUGUCUCACAAAAAAUUACCCAUAGUAGUUGAAAUAAUUGCCAAUAAAACAGACUAUUAUUGUAUCAUAAAUGUUCUUCAAAUUAUAUUAUGCAGAGAAACAGAAAAUAAUUAUUAUCUGAAUGAGAUUCAUGAGUUUGGUUUUAUCCACAUCAUCAUUAUUGGAAUGCUUCUUAUUGGAACGCUUCUUUACAGAAUAAUUUUCUUAGAAUGUUACAGUCAUAUCUUUAACUUAAACAUGAUGUUUAGAGUGUUGUGGCCAGUUAGAAAUUCUUUGGUAGAGACAGCAACAAAACCCUGGACUGGCAAGGUGGUAUAG